AUUUUUUUCGAUUUCUGAGCGUAUUUUUUAUUUUUUUUUUGUAUCUUUUCCCCAUUCUUUCACCCGCCGUUUUACAGCCACGCGGGUGUCCGCGGUCUUACAGUCGCAACAAUGCCGGCCAUCGUAAACAACGAAUUGCAAGACUUGCACAUGCAAUCCAAUCACAUGACCGACGAGGUGAGCCACAUGAACAAUAAUUAUCAUUAUAUGUUAAUAGAUACAAUUAUAGUACACCCCUCUACGAUGAUAAUAAUAUUAUUAUUGUACAUACGGGUCUACCGCCUACUUAUAAUGAUUUCUUUGUCUUUUAUUCGCACCGCUGCUGCAGUCUCUGGAGAGCACUCGUCGGAUGCUAGAACUAUGCGAAGGGGUACGUAUUAUUAUUUAUAUAAUAUUCACUAAAUAUUAUACAGUACUUAUAGUAACUGUUUUCUAAAACCUGAUAUUCUCUUUUAUGUGUAACAUUUAAUAUCGUAUUGCCGUCAUUGCAAAGGCGGAAACCCUUCAGUGGUAACAAAACGACGGUUAUAAGAGACCGACACAGUGGCGUUUAAUAUUACCGCCUAUGUCUUUUCCGUAAACAACACGGUCAAUAUAGCAAACAAAUUCGGUUUUAGAGAUAAUAAUAUAAAACGUAUAUUAUAUUAUUGUACAAUAUUUUCUAAACGACAACAUUUCGAAGACGAACUCGUUAUAUAUAUACAACUCGUUAUCGAAGGUACGAGCAAUUGCAUUUUUUUUUUUUUUAUAAUUUCAUAAACCACCGAAAAUGUAAGUCUUCAAGGUGAUACCUCUACAAAUUAUGUAACGAGUUUAUCCGAUUUUAUGGCAGGUAAUUUAGUUCGUUUUGUACGAUUUAAUAUCAUUAUUAUGACUGCUACUUAAGAAGCGCAAACGUCUCGACUCGGUAAAAUUAUAGCAGAUUAUAAUGGCUUGAUUUGACAAAAAAAAAAAAAAAACAAACAACCAAACAAAACGAUUCUUUAGUAAAUUAAUAACGACGUGAGUAUAACAUUUUAUAUUUGUUCCGGCGGGGUGCCAAUAAACACCACUGCUCUGAGUGAUCGUGUAUUUACGGGGGGUGGGGAUGAUCCGAACGAUGCAUAUAUGUUUAUACAUUAUUUAAUAAACAUCUUCGAAGUUUGAGGUGUUCAAUGGAUUAAAUGGGAUUAUCCGACCUCCAAAUUAUAUAAUCUUUACGAUCGUUCGCGUUUUAAUUUUCUCGGAAACGGUUUUUCUUACGAGGCUCGACCAAUUUCGUAAUUUUAGGCAGUUAAUCGAACAUAUAACAAACGUACAUACGUACGGUACCUAGUAAAGGCGCGGAUCCAAGGUUUUUAAUAGAGAGGAGAGGCGGUGGUUAUCAAAUACCAAAUUUUAAUUAUCAUAAUAACUAUUAUAUGCAAAUACAGUUAUUUAGUUUUUUAUAGGACUUUGUUCCUUUGCCUCCCUUUUUAUCCGUGUCUGACCCAGUAAUGUAACUGGGAUUUUUCAUUAGGAGGGGGGGAGACUAAAGUAAUAAAUAUAAAUUAUAAUAUUUUAAUAGGUAUAUCAUAUGUACAUGUAUUUUAUAAAGCCGUUUUCUUAAAGUUAUUUUGCAAAAUACAUAAAUUGUGCAGUAUACAAUUCUUAUGUUAUUCGGAUUUAUUGGUUGAGUUAGAAUAGUAAAAACUUGCAAUGAUUAUAACUUUAAGUUUUAAAUAACAUAAAAACCAAUACAAUUAGACAUUUAAAAUUUAGAUUCUGAGUGUAGCGAGAGAGCUAUUGGUUUUACAAUGCUGUUUAUUUUUUUAUUUUUUGUUCUUUGUUCUAUUCAGUGGACACGUUUUUCUGUAAUUUGUUUUAUUAUUUUUGUUAUAAAUACACGUAGAGAUUUAAAACUUGGUAAUAAUACAUAUAUUGGACUUACCUAGACAUGGUAAAAUCAUCGAACAACUUUUUUCUUUUUUUACAUUUUUUAAAAUGGUACUUUAUUUUAUUUAUUUAUUUCUUUACUGUAGGCUAAUUUGAUCCUAAAAAAAUUGCUCCGAUGUAUAAGUGUAUACACCAAUUUCUAAAAGUCGAUUUUAUCUACUUGGUAAAAACAUACGUCAUUUUUUUUUGAUUUUCGAAACGGUAUUUAAAAUAUAAACGAUUACCUGGCAAAACAAUACGAUUUUUCACAAUUUCGUUAUUUUAAAUAAAUACCUACCACGUUUUCUAGCACAAAUAUAAACGUGGUAAAAUUUCCAAAAUCAUCUGAUGACUCUUUUUAGAAAUCAACUUUAAACAAAAAUCGCAAAAAAAAAUUACGGCACUUUAAAUUAUGUAUUACUUAACUGCGCUCGGAAUGGUCUUUCGUCAGCAAUAGUUUAUCGUUGCUUACAGAUAUAAAUUAAAUAAAAUUAUAUUGUAUCCUUCCCUCCCAACGUCCCACCUAAAACAGUGAAUGCACCCGUCCCUAUUAUCAGCUCUUUUUUUUUAAUUUCAUAAUAGUUUUGUAAAUUUGCAUUUGAACUUCCAAUUUUUAUAAAAUAUCAGUAUACUAUAUAAAUACGGUUCAUGGGUGAGAUCUAUCUCCUAUAUCCCCCCGUCAUUACACUUCCGCGGCUUUUCUCCGAAAUGUCUAAAUUGUUUAUAACUUGGAGAUAAUUUAAGUUUAAUAAAUGUUCCAUAUUUUUAUAGUUAAAUUAAUAAUUAUAAAAUAUUAAACAAUGGUUUAAUACUUCAUAAGCUAAAAACACGAUUAGUGUGAUAGAUACCCAUUUAAUGGGUAAAAUCUAUUGUUGAUCUACAAUUUUAGUACGCUAAUAAAGAAGUUUUAAUGUGCCACCGUUUAAAAAUACCGUUUAUUGAUCCUGCACUAAUAAUUGAACGUGUACUAUAAUAUGAUCGGUAAUAUAAAAUUAAAUAAUAGACCCCUGAAAUCUGAAAUUCGAACAAACGCGUAGUUGUUUUAAUCACCAUCGUAUACGAUCGGAUGCAAUGCGUAUGUACAUGAUUAAUCUUCGAUUUCGAUAAUUCACAAAGUUACCCCUUUAUCCGUGAAUUUAUUAUACAUUUCGGCGAGCGGGUAAUUUAUUUGUGGUCUUCUCGGAUUUUGUCCUCCGGCACAAUGUCUGCAGUUCCUCCUUAUAGAAUAACUAACUUGGGCGAAAUAGCGUAGGUACCUAUAUUAAAAUAUUGCACUUGUUUAUUAAAACCUACUGCAACCGACAUUUUAUUCCCCGUUCUCGUUUCGUCGAUACUCGACACCGGCAUCUUGUUUCAUCUUUUUCCUUUUUCAAAUUUAUCAUAAAUUAUAAUAUAUUUUGUUCGACAAAUACGUGCAUUAAAUUCACAAAUUAAUUAGCCGCGUGAGCUGAGAGGUUUCGUAAAAAAAAAUUAAAAAACAAUAAUUCAAUUAAAAUCCGUUAAAAUUAAUUUUACAUCCUACCUGUACCUAUUUAUUAUGCUAGAGUGAUUGUAAUAAUGUUUUUUUUUUAAUACCCAUCCAUUUUAUAACGCUAAUAUUAUUAUGAAAACUCGAUUAUCGUAAAAAAAAAAUAUUCCAAUAUACUAGAACAUAGAAUAUACGAUACGAUAUUAAAUUACAACGACGCGCGCGACGGUCGAUUAUAAUCGGCUAGUAAUCUAAUGUACAAUAUUAUAGAUGUAAAUGCAAUAAUAACAAUAGUAGUUUAUUCAAAUGAAUAAGCAGUACAAAAGACCAAUUGUACAGAUAAAAAACUCAGAAAUUCAAAGAUAUUUAGAAAUCGAUGAAAAAAGAUGAACCAAUAAAUUGAUAAAUACAAUACGAAAAUAAAAUGGUUUUGUAUACGCAAUGUUAGGUAAUCCCAAUUUUUUUUUUUCUCAUAAUAAUAUAUUAUUUAGGCACGAGUUUAAAAUCAUUCCUAAAAACGAAAAGUAAAGAUCCGCAUUUGUUGAAAUUUGAUUACAUCAAGCCAUAGCCCAAGGAACAGGAGGGUAUUUUAAAUAAUUUGUGCUGUGUAUGUAUAGAUAAUAUAAUUUGUAUGCACAAAAAAAUAGCCAAUAGGAAUAAAUUUGUAAUAUAAUAGGUGAAAUAAAAUAAAUUGGUAAUUUCUGUAUCAGAAUGAUUAUGAACGUAAUAUAAUUGGUACCUAUGAAAAAUGAACUGCACCCGGAUUCCGUCACGUGACCCCUACGGUGUCAAAAUGAUAGUACGAAAUCCGUCCCGUAAAUAUUUGACUACGGUUAGGUUACGUUUCCCUUAACAUUUUUCUCAAGUUUAGGAUUGGCAGCUUUGCUGGCAUAUUUAAACAUUUUUUUUUUUUGUUUUGCUUAUUAUCGGGAUAAAAAACAUUGAAAAAAUAAUAAUUAUUUAUGUAUACUUGUGCCACUUAAAACUAUCAAAAUCAGGAAAAAGAGACGUAUGUUAGAUAUUAACUUUCUAAAAAUGUAUACUAAAAUAGUAAACAAACUUCAAGGAAAAUCAAAAAAGUUGUAAACAAAUAUUAGUUACUAGAAAAAACGUAACAUAUUUAUUUUCUCACCCGACAAUAAACACAAGAAAAAAAAUAAAAAUGUUAGCUCAAUGGUUGAAAACGAUAAAACACGUCUACUGGUCGGAAUGAUAUUUUAAGGGUCACGAGACGGAAUUCGGUAACUGCGGGAAAAAAAAUAUGUACGUAUAGAUCAUAUACGCACCGUUUAAGUACACCUACUGCAGUUAUUACGAGUUUUUACUUUUUUAGUUGGUGUAUGUCUUUUGCUGAUAUAUUUGGUCGAUAAUUUUUUAUUCUGGAAAACACAGUCGAUUCGAUUAGUCGGUUUAAUAAUUUAUUGGCAUAUAUUGGACUGAUUCUGUUUAUCAACCAUAUCUGAGACUUUUUGUGGAAUAGUCAUCAUAUGGCAAAUAGUAUAUUACCGCGUACCACAGCUCUUUGAGUAGCUAGUAAUACAUAUGUAUGUAUAUAGUUAAAUUUUGGCCUUUGAACAUCAAAUUUUAACUCAAUAUACACAGACACAAACAACAUAAUGUAAAUAUGAAAUAUUUGUAUGUAAUUUCGUAAUAGAUAUUUUACAACACCACUUCUAUAUUUAUGUAUACGUAGUUAUUUAUCUUCUAAAAACGUUUUCGGUUGAUUUAAAAAGACCUCCCGAAUCGGUUUUCAAACGUUAAAAUAUAAAUAAUACGACGUUAUAUAAUUCUAUUAAAUUCUGAGCGUAGUAGUAAGGAAUGUAUUGAUUUUACCGCAUAUUAAAAUAGGUACCUAUGUACAUAAUUAUUAUACAGGUACAAUAUUGCGUAUUUUUACGUUUACGAAUGAAUAGGAUAAAAAGAUAACCAUGGUUGGUAUGUUCUGAAAUAUAAAAUGGUACUUUGAUACUUUGUGCUAGUUUUGUAUUUUAUUUUCGAACUUGGAUACUGGUAAACAAAAGCAUUCACAAAAUAAUGAUGCGUUUUUUCAUUGGCACACAAUCAUUUUAAAAAUGAAAAAAUGCGAUAGAGAAAUUUAAUGAUCACGAAAAUCGUCCUUAUCAGAAAUUAUCUAAAAAAUAUUCUUAAUACUUUUUGUCAGUAAAUAAUCGAAAGCAAAAAUCUGCAUGUUAUUGAAGAUUUUAAUUCUGAAGCCCGUCAAGCUUCUGAAAAUAGAAGGAGUUGUAAAGCAACACAUUAAUGACAAAGGUUUAUUCUAUAUAUUUGUUAUAUUUGUAAUUAGCACAUAGUAAUUUGUUUUAUAAUACAUACAACUUUGAUAAUUUUCGUAUAGUAUUAGAAAAUUAUAUUUAACUAGCUGUUCCACCCGGCUUUGCCUUUGCCAAUUUGCAUUUUUAUUUUUACUCAUAUUCCUUUUUUUUUGAAAAUGGGUAGUCCACCUUUGGCGGGAUAAAAGUAUUUUGUUAUGAUGUAUAUUUUUAAAUUUUAAAUUACUAUUAUUUGCUUUAUGCAUUAAAUAUUUCUGGAUACACCACGUUAAGUGUCUCAUUUUCUGGAGCCAGCACGAAUAAAUUUUGUUUAUUUGUGACACGUGACAGAGCCACGUACAAUUUACCAUGAAAAAAAACAUUGGACAGUUAGGUCUAGACUUGCAACAUUAGGCAUGAUUAAAACGCAAAACAUAGUCAGUUUAUAGUUUUAUCGCAUAAUAUGGCUCAUAGAUUUUUAUAAUUAUUUUUAUUAAUAUUAAUUACCAUAGAUACGUUUUGACCAACCUUUUAAAUUUGUUUUAAUUUCAUCCGUGUUACUAAAGUAAUCCAAAUAAAUAAAUAAUAAUAAUUAAAAAUAACAUCUAAAGACCGAAUUUUGGGGGAUGAUUUUCAAUAAGGAAUGGAUAGCUUUUAUCUCGACCGAUCUAUUUGUGUAAACCGCAUUGAAAUCGUGAAAUAGCCCAAUAAUUCGAUAGGAUAUUCAUUAUAUAUGUCGUAUUAUAUAUUACACUUUUAAACUGGUUGAACUGGUUGAAGUUUGUAAAAAUUAAGAUCAAUUUUCGAUUUGUAUAGAAAAAAUAUUUAACUGAGAUCCAACCCUCAUGUAUUGAAAAAAAAAAUCCUUUUAUAUUUUAUUCAGCCGACCAAAUUAAAUGUAACGAAUUUCGAUAAAAUAAUCGUAGAGACGGGAAAUGUUCACUGAAUACUUAUAUAAAUAAACCUUUUUGGGUAUUAAUAGUAUUAUAGUAUUACGGGUAUUAUAGUAUAAUUUUAAAAACACUGAAGGUUUUUGAGUUAUUCAUAUACAAUCGUAACUAUUGAGUUUUUUUUAGUUUUUAAUUGAUUUUAAGUGAAUACGAUUCUCUUACCUUUUAAAAAAUACUCAUGGUAUAAUACAAAUAUCAAAAAUCUUUAGUCACAAUUUUUUAUAUAUAUAGUAUAGUUUAGUUUUCUAUUUUAUAGAAUAAUAUUAUGAUAGCCGAUAUAUUUAAUAUCAAAACUCGACAAAAAGCGUAUUUAAGUUAUAUACUAUCCAGCAUCCGAUUAUUAUAUUCCUAAUAUAUAAUAUUAUAAUAACAUGAGUAUGCAUGAUGGUAUUGUACCAUAUAAGAUUAUUUUAAUAUAGUGAUGGCGUAUAUCAUAUAGCAUUACUAUUUGACGAUUUAUUAUCGUGUGACCUUCAUAUAGGUCCUAUACGUCAUAAGCAAUAUUAUGUUAAAUUAGGGAAAAUACGUUUGUUACAAAUUAGUAUUCAUCUGUAAUGAUACCGAUGGUUUUUUAGGCAGUGAAAAACGUAUUCACGUAUGUAAUAAAACAAACGAAAAUGUCACUUAAUAAAAACCGGGUUUACCAUUACAAAAAAAAGCCCAUUGUGAAAUUAUUAGAAAACAAUAUUACUCGUCAAUAUAAUUACAUCGGAGUUUUUCGGUACCUAUUUUUAUUAUAUUAAAACGAGUUUUGGUCGAUUAAAGAAAUUGUAAAUUACGUAUAUUUUAUUUGUAAUUACACAUUUCGCAAUUGAGCGAUAUAUAGGUAGAUAAUGAAUUUCGACAUAUUUAUUGCAAAAUAUAAUUUAUUUUAAUGUACCGCAGGUGAAUACUCGACAUUUUCGUUGUUUCUAUAUUGAAUCACAAAAUUUUGUUCUAAACAGCCAAAUAAUACAUCGAACCUCUAACGAUUUUAAAAUAUUUGAAUUUUUUACCGAUAAUUUUUCUAAAUUAAAACAAUGUACCCUUAAGGAAACUUAUAGUAUUUAAUUAAUCUGACUCAUACUAUAUUGUAUACAUCAAAUAUUACGUGAACCUUUAUUCAUUUUAUUUUUUUUAUUAUUAUUAUUGAUUUCUAUAUUGUAAUAUUUCCCCACAGCGGGCGUAAAUUAUUUAACGAAUAAAUAAAUAAAUAUUCGAGUUGAAUAAUUUUCAUUUUUUUUUUAAAAUUUCAUCAAAAUUGCCUGUACGCAACUCCUCAAAUUUCCAGACGAGUUACGUCCUCUAUUCAAUUAUUAUUAUUAUAUAAUAUAAUAAUAAUAUUAUACAUUGUUCGAUUACAGUAUGCAAUUUGAUAGACGUUUAAAAGGCUUUCAGUGUUUAUAUUUCAAAUUUUUGUUGUCGUUUAUUAAAAACGUUUUUUUUUUCAUUUUAUAAAAGAUAAUUUAAUACUGCAUUAUAAACUCAUAAUUGCGAAUAAUGAGUUGCAUUCAAAUGUAAAUUAACGUUUAACGAGCUUAAAUUGAAAUGUAGGUAGAUAGGUACUUAAAAUAAUAUAGUAUAUUAGGUAACGUUUCAUAUACGUGCGUUCUAAGCAGCUUUUCGUUUUUAAUCGAGUUGUACCAUCAGUUUCUAGUAAGUUCUAUGGAACAAAGCUAUUCAUAUUAUAUACCUAUAUAUAAAAUACCUAUUGUAUAUCCGAAUAAUUAAAUACAUUCAAUUUAAAGUUUAGGAGACGUAAUUAAAAACAUUUCCACUCGUCUCUUUGUUUAUUCAAUUUUACAAAGUUGUCUAGAAAUACAUUUUUGGAACGAGCGUUUUAACUCUGAAAGUACAUAAAGAACAUUAUAAUAAUACAAUAUUAUUAUCCCCUCUUGUAUUUAUACCUUCUGUCAAAUUUUAAACUUCAAUUUUCCGUUAAGUUAUUCAUAGGUAAAUAUUAUACUGUUUCGUUAUACCUACCUACCUACUUAAGAAUUCAUUUUUUUUAACUGGCUAAAACAGAAUCAUAAAAAAAAAUAUUAAAUGCAAUAUUUAUAUUAUUCGACGCGCAGUAUGAUGGGAAUUUUAUGACAUUUUUUAGGAAAAAGUUUAAAGGCAUAAAAUGCGUGGAAACAUCACACAGAACAUUAUCGAUUAUUGUAGAUGUUUUACGUGAUGAUAUGUCGGUCACAUUAAACGUUUAAUGCAAAAGAAUUAUUUAAAGAAUUAUUUUAUUAGUAUUUCAUUUAGACCUAUAAAUGACAGAAUAAAAAUCACAAAAUUUACGAUUUUUGGCUCAAGCCUGGUUGGUAAAAAAAUUUGAUUUGAAAGUUUUAAUUCGAUUUUUGAAUACCCAUCUUCUGAACUUCUCGUUACGAUGACCUAGAAUAAAUCAUGUUAUUUUAAUGAGUUGAUUAGAGCGAGAUUUCUGGUAGAAAAGUUGUCCAUAGACAGAAAAAAAUAAAAUAAAAAUGGCAUAAUUUUUUGAUUCUGAGCGAAACUGGUUUAAUUUUACUUUAGUAAUGCGAUAAAAAUAUACUACAUUACUACAGUUGCCUACCCACAAGUAGCUAGUAUCCUGGUUUUUAAUUAAAUUUGUCGCGUUACAUUUCUAAAUAUUAUAUUAUAAUUAUUACUUUCAUUUAAUGUGUAUAAGUAUAAUAACGGUAAAAGAAAAUAAUGAUUUUUACAAUUUUAUUUUCUUAGCGUGGAAGACUAAAUAACAUAUAUUAUAUAAAACAAUAAUAAUGAUUAGUAUUGUAAUGCUAUUUCAGACAAAGGAAGCUGCCAUAAAAGCUCUGGUCGAGUUAGAUGACCAAGGAGGUAAGAAUAUUAUAUAGAAUAUUAUUUAGUUUUAUGCAAUUUACGGUAUAAUCCGAAGAGUUUGAAAUAAGUAAACUAUUGGUAGGUAGGUACACAACUACACAACGUUAUUAAAUUUUCAGUAAACCACUAUACAACAAUAUAAAUCAAUAUCCGAUUGUAUAACAUUCAUAAAAUAAGUACUCACUUCGCUACUCUGCGAACUAACUUUCGAAUAUUAACUAUAGAAAAUGAGUAACUGUUAUUUACUAGUUACCGUAGGUAAUUUGACAAAUAUACUAGGUAGGUAUAAGAAAACAGAAAUUAUAUCUGACACAAAACAUUAUACAUUUUAAUAUUACAAUAGGUAAUUAGUUGAAAUUUCUGAUUUAAAGUGAACAAUAAUUAUACAUACGAUUCUAUCUCAAUUUUUCUUGAGUAUUUAAAUAUACUAUAUAGUAUAUAGGUAUACAAACCUUAUAUACAUGAACGUAUACGUUGUAUAUCUAUAUGUAUUCGGAUCUACUAUCAGGACCGGCGCUAUACGUUUUUUAAGGUGGUAUAUAAAUAUUAGCAAACAUAAUUUGUUGACUUAUAUAGUAGUAAAAAUUACUGAUUCAAUAAUUCUGAAUGUAGCGGACGAAGAAACUAUGACGAUUGAUUUUACGGUUUUACAUUUUACUAAGAUGUAAUUUUGUUCUUGUUUUUUUUUUUUUCAAAGAAUAUUUUCGGUUAGUAAUAAUUCUCCGAUACUCUACCAUAAAAUAUGCGAAUUAGAUGGUACUUCAUUUGAAACAUUUUUCGAAAUAUCCAUAUUUUUUUUUCACAAAGUACCUAUAUCUUAAAGAACGUGCAAUUUUUGACAGGUGUUUACUUGAAACAUUUUUAGAAAUUCAUCCCAUAGAUUCAUUUUUUUGACCGAACAUAAUUAUAGUGAAACUAUUUGAAUAUUUUAAAUAAUAAUUGGCAUUUGGUGAUUUUUAAAAUGCUUACUCACAAUGACUUUCAUUACAACACUUCAGAUUUGCUUACUGAAAAAUGUUUAGUGGAACGAAAGUUACCUCACUCCUCACACGUACCCAUACACCCUCUAGAUCCGACCUUACUUAAAAUGGUUUAUGCGAUGAUUUUUCAGAGAAAUUGGAUGGAAUUGACGGCGGAAUGGACCAAAUAAAUGAAGACAUGAAACAAGCUGAGAAAAAUUUAACUGGCAUGGAAAAAUGUUGCGGUAUUUGUGUACUGCCUUGUAACAAGUAAGUAUUUUCUCGUUAUAACGACUUGUUUCGUAAUCAAAUAAACACUUAUUGUUCCUACCUAAUAACCUAUACCUGCACUGCGGCAACGUAUCGCGGUGGGUGUAUUUUUAUUAUUAUGAGCGGGGUCAGAGAAACAAAAUUAUAAUAUCAUAUUAUGCCCAAACCUUUUGACGACUUUUUUUUUAUAUUGUAUAUAUAUUAUAUCCGUGAAAUAUAUAUUAUAUCCGCAUAUGAAUCGAAUUGUUCGAUCCAUAAAGAGAUGAAAAAUGCAGCGUGUUUUUCAUAAAAAUUACUAAGGUAUAAUUAAUCAAAACAAUUCGGAUACAUUUUUGAUAUCGAACUAAAUAAUAGUUUUACAACAAAAUUAUUUGUAUAUAAGUAUUUUUAUACAUGAAAAUAAUUGUAUUUAAUACAAAUAAUAUAAAACAAAACGUUGAAGCACAGUUAUUCCAAACGAUAUUGACUAGCGUUCGUAUAUAGAGUUAUUUUAAGUGUCUAUAUAUUUAUCACUCGGUUCGAUUAUUUUUCACUAUUAACAAUAAUAACGUAUAUUAUGAAUUCGUAAUAAUAUAGCCGUCGAGUGAAAACUUGGACGUGGGUGAACAGCCGACGCAUAGAAUAUUUUUCAAUCAAUUAAACAGUCGAUGUCGCCGAUCAUAUUGUUAUAUCAUAAUAGCCAGGGGAUGCCAUUUUUGUGUCCAUCAGCACAAGUUAUUGUGCAAAAAUCUAUCAUAUACGGGAUAAUUUUUUUUUUAUCAUGAACCAAUAAUUAUCAUAGAGAAUUUUAAGUGAUUUUGAUUUCUGUUUUUUCUAAUUAAUAUGGAAUCGUUUAAGCUUUGUUUUAAAAUCAUUUUUAAUUUUUCACCCCUAUUCCAUAUAUCUUAAAGAAGUACAUACUUUUGGUUUUCAAAUAGGAACCCCCUCCCCCUUUUGAUCACAGAUUUAAAUAGAAAAUAUUUUUCUAGAAAUGUUGAUAUACAUAACACUAAUAUAAAAUUUGCCGUUUAUGAGUUAAUAGUUUAACAUUUAGACUAGAAGGGUGGCAAAGGGUUAUAAAUUGCCUAUUUACAGGGUGUCCCACGAUAAUCUGCUACUUGAAAUAACCUUUGUUCUAAUUAAUAUAUAUUUUUUUUUUAAUAAUUAGUAUGCCUCUGCGCUACAGUAUAUGUUCGAACAUUUUUUUUUACGUGGAGGGAGACUUAAAAUAAACAGUUUUAAAUUUUGCUAUAAUUUUUUAAAAAAAAUUCAAAAUAGCCAUUUUAUAAAAUAGAUAUUUAGAAAAUUCUUGGUGGUUAAAACUUUUGUUAAAGUAUGGUCUUUUAUUAUCUAAUUUUGAAAAUAUCAUCUUGGAACACCUUGUAUAACCCUUUCCUACUCUCCGGUCUAAAUUUUAAACUGUUAUAACUCAUAAACGGUAAAUAUGCUAUUAGUAUUAUACAUAUCAACAUUUAUAGAAAAAUAUUCUCUAUUUAAAUCUGUGAUCAAAAGGAGAAGGGGUUUUCCUGUUUGAAAAUCAAAAGUAUUUCUUUCUUUAAGGUAUAUGGAAUAGGAGUAAAAAAUUCCAUGUUGCUUAGAAAAAACAGAAAUUAAAUUUACUUAAAAUCGUCUAAGAUAAUUGUUAGUUCGUGAUAAAAAAAAUCACUAUGUAUAAUACACCCACGUAUAUAUUAAAUCAUCACGUUUAAUUUAAAAAAAAAUGUAAAAAUGGGUAGUUAUAUAACACAAUUUGUUUUAUUCUUAUAUAAUAGUACCUUUUUGAAAAAAAAAAAUAAUUUGAUUAAAUAAAUUCUAACGCUUAAAAUAAAGUGCAUUGAAUAAAGUUGAAUUAAUUUUUUUUUUAAUAAAUAUUUAGAUAAUAUUGUUUUAAUAUAUUAUACGAAAUAAACGAUUUUAAAUAUUACUGUAUAAAUUAUGCGAUCGUAUACUUAUUAUUUUAUGAUCUCUAUUAUAGCAAGUAUAAAUACGCUGUUUUUUUUUUUUUUUAUAUAUAAUUAUUUUUUGACUUAUUGGGUAACUAUCAGAUUUAAAACAAAACGUGCAGAUACCAAAACUGCGGGUAGGUAGGUAAUAUCAAAUCCGUAGAUAAAUAAUGGAAAUUGAAUAAUAUCAAUCAGCACUAGGUACUACAUAAUAUAUAUAAAUGUAUUUAUUUAUUUUAAAAUAAAACCAUUGUUUUAAAUAACCGUUUUUUAGUUUAAACUACGUGAGUACUUUAUAUAUUAUAAUGUAAAAACGCACAGUUUCCCCUUUGAGAACAUUCUCACGUGACAAAGAGAAAAAAACGUUUAUCAUAGCAAAUUCAAAUCCAGAUGGUUUUUCUCCCUCGAAUCACUUUUCCAGUUUUGCCUAAACAAAUCAGGUAUUGUGUUACGCACGCUAUUAUGUUUUUAGGUCGACGUCGUUCAAAGAAGACGAGGGCACGUGGAAAGGAAACGAAGAUGGUAAAGUAAUAAACAAGCAGCCACAACGUGUGAUGGACGGGCCGAAUACAACACCGCAGGGAGGAUACAUUGUCAAGUAAAUUUGUAUUAUUAUUUCACUGGGAGAAGUUAACCGUAAGAGAGAUAAAAAAAAAUAAAAAAAAAUGAAAAAAAACCGAUACAAAAUAAUAGAAUGCGUCGGUCGUAUAUAUUAUAUAGGAUUACCAACGAUGCGCGAGAAUCGGAAAUGGAUGAAAAUUUGGGACAAGUGAAUACAAUGAUUGGUAAUCUGAAAAGAAUGGCAUCGGAUAUGGGUUCGGAGCUGGAAAAUCAAAAUCAACAAAUUGAAAAAAUCAGCACAAAGGUACCUAAUAUAAAACUAUUUUAUAAUGACGUUUACGGCUUAUUACGUAUGAACAAUUUUGUUCAUCAUUUUUACUAGGUGUACCUAGGUACCUUAGGGUGACCAUAUUUAAAAAAAUAAAAUACAGGACAAAAAUAUUAUCCAUAAUAUUUUUAAAUUAAUAAGUAUUUAUUAUAUUUUUUUUUUUGUUGUUUAAACUAUUAAAAGUUAAAAUUAAACACAUAAAAACAUUAUUUUGAAAAACAUAAAAUAAUAUAUAAUUAAAUUAAAUUAAUAUUUUUUAAAAUUUCUUCAAAUCCUUUAUUCAUGUAUAUUGUAUAUUUUACUUUUUAAAAAAAACUUGUUAAUUCAUUUUGAUGGCGAUUGUUCUGACAUUUCUUCACUAAUUGAUGUUUCAUAUUUUUCUGAAGAACUAAUUAAGUUUAACAAUUUGGGAUGUUCUAAAAGAAAUUUAUGAAAUUCAAUACACGACGUAUCUUUAAAAUGUUGUUUUACGAUAAACAUUGAUCUAAUGGUGUCCACAAGAAAUCGAUUUUUUUUAUGUGUCCAUAAGACGUUUGUAAUUGAAAAUACCGAUUUAUAUAUAGUACAUAAAACCUUUCCAAUUUCANAUUUUAAUUGAUUACUUUCAUAAAAAUUUACAAUAUUGUAUAAUACGAUUAACAACAAGUCGACGACACUCAAGAAUCAACGAUUGUUGGAACAUUACUAAUGAAAUAAAAACAUUUCAAAAUAUAUUUGAUUGCCGAUGACAUAAUGCUGAUCCACGACAUGGGGGGAUUAUUAGGUUAUUAUUAAUAUAUUAUUUUACAAUACGCUCACAUUUGAUAACGAUCUGGUUUACGUCGCCGACAACAAUGUGAUACAACAAUAAUAAUGGUAAAUCAAAAAUCCAAAAAUACAAUUGAAAAGUAUAGAUUCUUUUAUUAUUCUAUUCAAUAAUGUCAUUUCGAAAAUUUCAAAAAUCAUAAAUUAACAGUAAGACAAAAAACGGGAUUACUAUGGGACAGAUUUGAAAUUAUAGGACAAAAAGCGUCCUGAGAGAAGUUUGUUAGGACAACAAGACACAAAGCCGAAAUAAAGGACAAUCCUGUAUAAAACAGGACGCAUGGUCCUGCCUGCGUGUAGCUACAUAUUUAGACUGAUCUUAACAGUCAUACACCAUAUUAAAUCAUUUGUAUUCGUCAACGACUAAAUUAAUAUAAUAUAAACUAAUUAAACUAAUACAUUUACGGACAUUUAAUAUUUAAUAUUUUAAUUUCAGACCAAGUCGAACGAGGUGCGAAUUUCGGUGGCUAACGUGAGGACUAGAAAUCUUCUUAGAGAAUGAGCUGAGCAUAAUAAUAAAAUAAUAUAAUAUAGUACACGAUAUCCUAUAUUUAAAUGAACUUAUUAUGCUAUAUAUUUAUUAUUAUGUCAAAAGCGAAUAAUUAUUUGCAGUGGCUUAUCUAGGAUUUUUCAAUGGGAGGAGGGCUAAAGUAAUAAAACUUGAACAAAAAAAUUAUGUUUUAUAAAAUAUAUAACUAUAUAGUAAGUACCUACGAAAAAUUAAUGCAAAUGUCUAAUGCUUUGUUAUAUUUUUCAAUGCUAAAUAGAUUUAUAUAUGUUAUAUAUAUUUUUUUGUAUCUAAAUGAUACAGUCAAUGGGGGUGGGCUGAAACCCCUUUAGUCUUAGCUCCCUCCUCCCAUGUGUACGCCACUGCUUAUUAGGAUGGUUUUUAUAUACCUAUACACUCAAACUUCGUGAGUAAAUAUCGUGUCUUCCUAAUAUAUUAUGCAUGCAUUGUAUUGUGUUUUACAGCGUUAGAUAAAUAAUUUAAAAGCAGGUAUUCAUGAGUAACACGACGUGGUUGGUAAUUCUCACAAUCAGUGUUAAAACGUUCACCCAAUCAUAGCUUAUAGGUAGGCGGUAACAAGUUUCCGUUGUAGAAAAUGUCAAAAUUACCUAUUACAUUUUUGCCAGACAGUCAUAGCUUCGAAUUAUUAUAACUUUUUUUUGUAUCUAUAAAACCAUGACAAAAUACGAAAGUAGAAAGGUAUGCCAGCAACUUUAUAAAACGUAUACUCACUGUACACACCACCCCUCGACUCCCGUUUAUUGCGCAGUAGUUCCCUACACUUCUGAUUGGUUGUUCGUUUUCUAUGUAUCUACCUACCUAACCCCGGUAUAGGAAUGGAAAUUAAAUACAGAGAACUGCGAAUUGCAACUAAACCGCAGUGGGGAUCAGCCCUGCUAAAGUGCAAAACAUUUUGUUUUAUGAAUCUUCAAUGUUGCCAUAGCAUACCUAGGUGUCCAUUUUUAUUGUUAGGAUUUUCAGUUAUUGUAACUAUAGGUGGACUUGUUAAAUAUAUAUCAUUAAGUACUAAGGUCCUUCUUCGUCUCUUUUAGCGUAGGUAGGUUAAGAGUAUAUUAUACUUUGUUUCUAUCCCGCAACAGGGGCGUUAUUUUAGUUUUUCAAUAGGGAUGUAAACAUUUUAAUUGUGACAUUUUUUUUUCUCCACCAAGCUAUUUAUAUAUUAUCUUGUUUGUUUUGCGAAAAUUAAAAAAAAAUUUCGAUCGCUUCGCUCACUUGUAUUCCCACUUUACAUUUUAAUAUUUAAAUGCUAUAAGAAAUAUGUCAUCAUAUCAUGCUGCCAAAUUAUAGUAUCCCUGAAAUGACGCCCCUGUCCCACAAAAGUAAAGGGAUCAGCUUAUCACCCUCCGCCUCUCUUUGUAUAACCAUAGUUAUUUCUUUAUCUACAUAAACUCAUAUCCAAUGGUGUAUUUACAGGGCGGAGGGUAAAGGAGUUUCCAUUCCCACUCUCUACAGGAACUUUUAUAACAUUAAUGGGCUUGGUAUGAUUUUGGUGGACUUGAUCGUCUUUAUUGUGUUAAUGUAAACCCUUCCCCUAAAAAACAAGGGGUAAAUAAGCCACUGCUGAUAUCUAGUCAUUUUUCCUUUGGCUUCAGUCUACACCUAAGCAUUUCACCCAUCUGCAUAGUAUUCAUUCUUUUUACAUGUCCAUACAACUGUUUCCUGUUUUUAUAAAACCUACUUCCUACUCUAUCACAACUAAGUACCUAUAUAUUCCUAAUCCUAUCUAACUUGGUAACUAUCUACCUAACGAGUUGCACAACUUCAACUUAACGUUCUUAUUUCUACUACUUCCAUUUUAUUAUUUCAUCUCUUGUGUUAUCCUGUCUUUUCCCUUCACUUCAUGCAACCAUGCUUAAUUUUACUAUUGUAUAGACUUUCAUCAAAAUAAAUAUAAUAACUUUGAAAUUUUUAUUUCACACUUUCCACUUUAAUACCUAGGUAAACUUUACUAUAGUGUUUAUUAAUUAUUUACCGGAAUUCAAUUCAUCUAACACCGUUACCAUAUUUUAAAAUUUUAUUUAAUUUAUAAUACAGAAAUUUACUUUAGUGUAUGGCCUUUCUAUUGCACGGAUCCGUCCACUUCAGAAAUUUACUAUAUGUUUCAUACCCAAUGUUUAUUUUUACUACAUACAAACUCGAUAAUAAAUAUGCAUAGAAAUAUUCUUUUUUUGAAAUUUUGCGAGUUUUCAUAAAUGAAAAAUAUAAAUAAUCAAAGCUGAAAUUAAUACAAUAGUCGUAUUAAUAAGUACUUAACAAAAUAUUUGAUACUUUUAAAUUAUAUUUUAUUUUAUUAUAUUCUUUGUAAAAAAUCUACUUAUGUACAAACUAUAUAAGCAAAACUGAUAAGCUCAAAUAACCCAACACAAUAUUCUCAAAACUCAAUAUUAAUUAAAAAUGAAUAAUAUUUUAUUUCAAAUGCCAUGAAUAUCCUACUUAUAUUUAUUUACAGCUAAUAGGGUACCUAUACUCUGAAAAAAUGAAUAUUGAUUAUUUAUUUAUUAAAAUUAUGGUUGUAAGUAAACCAUAAUUUUGAUUUACCCAAGUAGGUAUCCAUACUUUAUUUAGGUCAACAUAUAAUAUUAAUAUUAUUAUCAUAUAGAUGAUUGCAUUUAACAUUUGUUUUUCAAUGGUGUGUUGUACCAAUAACAGUAUAUUUUUAAAAAAUAUUUAAAGUUAUUCGUUAUAGCUAGACCUAUAUUAUAAUAGCUUGUCAAUUAGUAACCAUCUACUUAGGGUUAAUACAAUUAUAACAGAAAUACUUUUAAGUUUCAAUAUUAAUAAUAUGUUUCUUCAUAAAUCAUGAUACAUGUUAUACAUACAAACCAAUAUAUAAAACUGUACUUAGAUCAGAGUGCUUUAGAGACGACCCUAACCUUUCAAAUAUUUACUGUACUUAAAUAUAACUCGUGAAUUUACAUUACCAAAAACUGAAGUCUUAUUUAUCGCAGUCACCAAAUAUCUGAUAAAAUUAUUUUUGAACGUUUGUGAAUAAGUUAACAACACAAAUUUUACAAUAUUUAUAUUUAUGGUUCCUACAUUAUAUAUUUACUAUAACCUACCAUAUAGUAGUCUACUUGAUUUACUUGUUUUAAUUACUUAAUCCUUUUGAACUUAUUAAGUAUUCAACUAAAAUCAAAUUAAAGAACCCAAGAACUAAUUAAAUAAUGAAAUAUAAAGAAUAUCAAACAAAUGUUUAAUAAACAUUUACCUUCUAUAAAUUUUAAUGAAGUGACAACUUUUUUGUAGAUAGAUAUGUAAUUAUUUCUAUAAAACAUAAUAUUUCACAUGUCAACCAUUGAAUGUAUUCUGUACACUAUAAUAUAAGUACUGGUAAUCGCAAAUGAACAUUCAUCUCAAAAUAUAUUUAGUAGUAAUGUUUCAUGUUAAUUAUUAGUAUAAUGCAUAGUCAAUAUUAUAUUACUGUAAUGUUAGAUGGUAGGUAUAAAAAUAAUUAUAUUUCAUAGUUGUAACAUGCUUAAGUAUAAUAAAUCUAAGAAUGUAUGAUGUAUGUAUAUGAUAAUAUAAAUGAUCAGAAUUUGAAAAUUUUUUUUUUUAAUAUCAUGUUCAAUAUAAAAAUCUAUAAAUGUUUAAAUUUUAUUUUUUUGGUUAUUUAUAAAAUUAUUACCAUAUAAAAGCGAUUACAAUCACCAACCUAACCCACUGUGAUGAUUAUUGUAUCCUGUUCACAAAAAAAAAAAAACAUGUAUUGUGUAUACCUACUAAACGGACACAAUACAUAAUGUGUACUUACUAUAAUAAACAAAUAAAUUAUUUUAUGUAAACCUAUUAUUUUUUAAUAUAUCUUCAACAAUAUGUCAAACCACAAGCUUUUCUCUACAAACUGUAUUUUUUUUUUUUAGGCACAAUAAUAUUUUUAAUUAUGUGUAAUAAAGUCAAUUAGAAA